GGAAAAUUAUUCAAACUAGUAACUGCAGAAUACUGCAGAUGCCAUUGCCGUUCAGUUGUGUCUAAAGCAGGCAAAAUGAGCUGAUACGUGUCCAUGUUGCUUUAUAACUAAAGUGGAAUGGGUUGGAAUGAUGUGAUAUAUGAUCGAUGCUAGUUUCUUAACACUUUCUUGCAACGCCGGGUUUGUCUACGGUUCUGCUCGGGCCUAGUUGUUCACUCAUGUGUCACUUGCUACUCUGGAAAUUUCUUUCAAGCAUAGGCAAGUCGAAAUGGGAUUAUUCAACGACUUGGCAUGGUUUAUUCUUCCAGUCAAAAAAUCACGCUCUAUGUGUAUGUGUUAUUUCAUUGUUGUUCAGUGAUUCAGGAAUCGCAAGCAUCAUAUCAUGACCCCACUUCAAUGGCCGGGCUUUUGGCUCAAGCAUCAUCACUGUUUCAAUGCUGGGACUUGAGCAUCUCACAGGCGAGGGGUCUGCCGGCGUCCCAUCCGGCAUCAGUGUUCCACGGGUACAUGGACCGCAUGUGUCAGAGGCCAAGAUCUAUUUGGGACGCAUCCGCCUGGGUGUCAUUGGUUUUUAUGCUGUGACCCUCUUGGCUUUGCUACUGUGGUUGCCCAUCCUGGCUGUGAUCAGCGGUGCUACGGCGCUGUGUGGAUCUUUGCUGUUGCAAUCUGACCCAUUGCUGGAGCCAUUCAUGACUCCAGUGAUGCUACAACUUGGACAUUGGGUACUUACUCUGCCUGAAUGGGUCAGGUAUCCAGUGAAGGAUGGCUUGCUCUACUUGACACCUCUGACCAUUUGUUGUUGUCUCGGCUGUGCUUCCGCGUGUGCAGAGCUGUUUUUUGCAAUCCCUUCCCACUCCACCGGCCUUGGUGGCACGAUCCGGCCCUUGGUAGCUCUGACGUGCGGCUGUCUCCAUGUCACCGUCUUUGCAUGUUGUUGGCAUUGCAGGAGCCUCAUUUGGAGACCUCAUGGUAGUGUGGCCUAUGCUGACCUCUAUGAAGCAGCCAUGGAUGUUGGGCGCCCCGACUCUGAGGACAUGAAGCCAGCUACGUCCACAGCCUCGGCCAACGUCACCGACACGCAAGUGCAGAAAGUGCACCUUGAGGCCCUGCAUCAUGAUCCACUUCGUCAACCACUUGCUCAAGAUCGUCGCCAUCCAGAGACCGUGGCAAAUCCUUCCCCGGUCGCCCCACUCGAACCGCAGGGCGGCUCGGGCAGCUCGCCGCACUCGAACGACGGGGUCGACGCGACCGUCGAGCCGACGGUCUCCCAGCUCGCGAUGGACGCUUCGGUCGAGCUGUUGCUGCGUUUGCCGUCAGGCCGUCGCGUUCGUUGCCACUUCCGCUCCUCCGAUCGCAUCUCCAAGAUCUACGAUGCUGUCGAGGCGGAGGCAACGCAGUCGGAACCGGAGAUUCGAAAUGGAAGCCCCUAUUGUUUGGUGACGAUUCACCCAAAGCAGGCAUUUCAAGACAAAUAUCUGACUCUGGCAGAAGCAGGGCUUCAGAAUUCAACGGUUUUGAAUGUGGAGAUGACAAGGUGAAGCGAAAAGGACAUCAAAAGACAGGACCAUGGGCAGGAUUAGUGCACCUAUGCUUCACCCUUUCAGAGCUGAGCAAGACUUGCCCCUUUGGACAAAAUUUCGUGAGACCUCAGGAGUGCUAUCUUUGAUUAUGAAAGAAUUGUGCUGUGGACAAAGAUCCCAGCAGGUCAAAGGGCCCUCGGAGGACAUUUCAAACAAUGUGGACAAUUUGCAGUUCAAAAAGAUCUGCUAGGUUUCAGUUUAGACCAUGGCCGCAGAAAAAGACUGUUCCUGUACAUGUGAUGGCGGAUCAGAUGCUGCUUGCUAGUGAGCUAAUCGCUUCGGAAUUGGUGCAGAGAUGUGUGGAGAAGUGAUGGAUGCAAAAGGAAUCUGACGGAGACUGCUGCAGGACUGCACAGCCUGUGUGCCGCAGAGCUUCUCACCAGUGAAGCAUUGUUGAAGACGACAAAGAAUAGACUCAUAGGAACUCAUAGGCA